UUGACAGUGAAGUAGCGUAACGGGAUGUGGAGUACAAAAUUGUUUCUAAUUUUUCUAUUGCAAUAUUGUGUUGGUUUACCAACAAAAACUACAACAACCACAUGUAAACUUAAUAAUGAAGAUGACUGCUUGGAUGCUGUAAUGCAUCCAGAUUUAAGUCCAACGCCAAAUUUAAAAGCAGCACAGAACGGUGAGGAUACGCAGGAAUAUUGGCUAGAAAAAAGCAGAGAUUUUAUUAGGCAACAAGCAAAUCAAAGACCCAACAGGAACAUUGCUAAAAACGUUAUACUCUUCAUUGGUGACGGCAUGGGCUUAGCUACCUUGGCAGCAGCUCGGAAUUUAAUUGGCGGAGAGGAAGCUUUCCUGUCCUUUGAAAAGUUUCCGUACAUUGGGCUGUCGAAAACUUAUGCGGUUGACUUGACUGUUGCUGACUCGGCCUGCACUGCCACAGCUUAUCUGUGUGGUGUAAAAGGAAAUGAAGCAACCAUCGGCAUAAACGGAAACGUUGUGCAAGGCGAUUGCGAAGGCAUGCGAAACACCUCACACCAUGUGACAUCAAUAGCGAAAUGGGCAAUGGACGCAAACAAGGCGGCUGGUUUCGUUACAACGACUAGAGUAACACAUGCUUCGCCGGCUGGUGUUUACGCGAACAUUGCACAUCGAGAGUGGGAAAAUGAUGCAGAACUGAAGGAGGAUUGCGGUGAAGACACUGAUUUGGCUGACAUAGCAUUGCAACUAAUACAUAACGGAGUGGGCAGCAAAUUGAAAGUUGCAAUGGGUGGCGGAAGAGCACAGUUUAUUGGAGCUAAUUCUAUUACGCCUGGAAAACGCUUGGAUGGUAGAAAUCUGAUUAAUGAAUAUUUGAGUGGUAGUGCGGGUAAUGCUUAUGUUACAACUAAGCAAGAACUUGAUAACUUAGAUUUGGACAAAACUGAGCGUUUAUUGGGUUUAUUUCAAGACAGUCAUAUGGACUAUCAUUUAGAUGCGGUCGCGAAUGAACAAAAUACGCAACCAACUUUGGCAGAGAUGACACAAAAAGCCAUUGAAUUUAUGCAGAAGGAAGAAAAUGGUUUCUUUUUGUUUGUUGAAGGCGGUAAAAUCGAUAUUGCACAUCACAAUGUCUUGGCCAAAAUUGCUUUGGAUGAAACUGUAGAGUUUGCAAAAGCCAUCGAAUUGGCCAGGAAUAUAACAAGUGAGGAUGAUACAUUAAUUGUAGUCAGUGCAGAUCACUCGCAUUCAUUCAGUUUAGCAGGUUACCAGAAUCGUGGUAGUGAUAUUUUUGGUUUAGCUAAUGGCAUAGCAGAAGACAAUAAACGUUACUUAGCGUUGAGCUACGCCAAUGGUCCCAGUUUUGACACUUAUUUCGACACAAAAGCAAGUGAACGACGUAGACCAGAAGAUAUAAUACAGAACAGUGCACACGAUGUGUUUCCAGCUACAGCACCUUUCGAAUCCGAAACACAUGGCGGAGAGGACGUACCAGUUUAUGCUUCAGGUCCUUGGUCACAUUUAUUCACUGGGGUCUAUGAACAAAAUGCUAUACCACACAUGAUGGCGUAUGCUUCUUGUAUUGGCGAGGGUUUAAAAGCAUGCGAAACGUGAACUUGUGAUAUAUUAUUAUUUUUAAUACAUUUUAACUAAUAG